UCAUACAUGCUUGUGAUUGUGAAAACAUUUUUUGCCGUUGUUGGAUUCUCUUGUUUUAUUUUAACUAUAGCGAUUCAACGGUUCGGUUUUAUGCUUAAACUCAUGAAGAAUAAUGGUUCCAUAAUAAAUAUCUAAGUGCAUUUUGAAUCGUGGCUUAAAUAUUUAUGCGCAAUUAUUAAUAUUCAUGGGUCGGUCUUAGAGGAUUACCAGAUGAUUAUUUAUUCCAUUACAAUGGGACGCCACAAAGAAUGGAGAAAGAUUGCAAAACGUGAAAGAAGAAGACAUAUUAGACAGAAUAAAGCCAAGUUGCGAGAUAACAUAUUGAGUCCAUCACACAGUAGCUACCACAUAUGGUUAAAGCAACAAGAAGAAUUAGAUCUCUUUGAAAGAGAGCAAAUUGAAGCUGUCAAUAGAGUUGAGAAUGAAAAAUGGAUUCAGGCAGAAAAGGUAGCCAUAAAGCAAUGGGAAGAAUUGCAGCGCAGAAAGGAAAAACUAAACCAGAUACGGCUUGAACAGGAGGCCAAGCUAAAAAUGGAAAGAGAACUGGAACAGAAAAGGAAGGAUGAAGAAGAAAAGAGGCUUAAGGAAAUUGAAGAGGAAAAUAUGCGGAAACAGCAGGCAUUCAUGGAAAAGCUUGAGCAAUUUCUCACUGGAGAUUCAGAAGAACCACCUGCAGAAUUACUUGUGUCCAGUGAAACCAAACCAAAUCAUGAGCCUUGUCCUUUCUUUGUUAAGACUGGGUGUUGCAGGUUUGGUAAUCAGUGCUCAAGAAAUCACCAGUUUCCGGGCAUAAGUAGGAUAAUUCUAGCGGCCAACUUUUUUACUCACAUUGGCAUUAACAAUGCAUUAGACAAUGAUUAUGAUACAGAUGACUUACUAGAACAUGAAUAUAGUGAAACUUAUAAAGACUUCAAAGAAUUCUUCUAUGAUGUUUUACCAGAAUUUGAAAAACAUGGACAAAUAUUACAGUUCAAAGUAUGCAAUAACUAUGAAAAACAUCUUCGUGGUAAUACCUACAUAGAGUUUGCGAAGUUGCGAUGCGCUGUCUCUGCGUACCGCGCGUUGCACACACGUUGGUUUGCCGGAAAACAACUUUCGCUACAAUUUUGUCGCAUAAACUCGUGGAAAACUGCGAUUUGUGGUCUUCAAUCAACAAAACGAUGUCCUAAGGGUCGUUCAUGUAAUUUUCUCCACGUCUUCAGAAAUCCUAAUAAUUUAUUCCCACUUAACUUGGGCUAUAAUCAAGAAUCUGAAAGAAAACGCCGAACACCACCAAGAUCAUGGCGUUGGUCUGAAUCGCCAGAAGUCGAAAUACCCAGGAGGCGCCGUUCUCGUUCCCGGUCCCGAGAAAGAAGCCGCCGGGUAUCUAGACGGGACGAGCGGAGACGAGACUCUAAACGGUGCAGACGCAGGUCGCGAUCACGACGGCGGAGCCCAGAAUCCGAAGCAAGGAAAUAAUUAAUAAAAUAUGUGUAUAAUGCUAAUUUUUUGU